UCUCGAUAACCAGCCAUGGCUGUUACCAUAUUCCACCUCUGCCUGAAGCACUGAGGCCAGUAAAACUCAUCUGAUCGGCACGAUAAGCUGCCUGUCACCCGCCCACACAAGGCAGGUGCUGGAGUCUCUGAGCUGGGAUCCGGUUACUCAAAUCUCACCUACAAUCUGCUUCCUUCUUUCCUUCGCUGCGUGUUUGGAUUUUUCUGCCUGUGGGAGUGUAUUCGUGAUCGGGCCCGGAGAAUGGAGCCGGACAGAGGGAGCACGAAACAGGCAGAGAGAGCUGAACUUGAAGACUUGGAGGCAGGAAAACAAGAACCCAAAAGACUCAUUCACUUUUCAAGUGGAGAAACUAUGGAGGAAUACAGCACUGAAGAGGAGCUUGAAGAAGAGCAGAAAGUGUUAGAGACAGUCAACCCUUCCACACUCCCCUGGAGCCAAUUCCUGCUGUUUUGGGUGAUGAAGUUUGCCAGGACAUCAUUAUUCACCUGUGACUUCCUUGGAGAAAAACUGGCCAACCUGUUCGGACUGACAUCAGCCAAAUACCAAUAUGCAGUAGAUGAAUUCUACAAUGUUCAAAACCAGGAAGGGUAUGAAGACGGUGAUGAAAUGACAGUCAUGGAGGAAGUAAAAAUGAAUGAGAAACAGCACCUCCCACUCCAGAAUUCUCAAUAUGGGACUUUGAACACGGUGGAGAGAUCAGGAGUUGACAGCAGGGCAGACAACAAGCACACAGUAUGUUACGACAAUGAAGCAUUGGAAGACAACGCAGAAAUUACUGAUCAGAUAAAAGUGGACAGCAACCAAUGAUCCAGUUGUUGAUUACUUCCUUAACAGACUCAGUAACAGGUUGUUUGUAGUAUUAGAUGAAGGCAUACACUGAGACUGAACGCUUCCCACAAGUUUUCCCCCUGCUGUGCCGAGGGUGCUGAUAUAGCAGAUUAUUGUUCCAUGGAUGCCAAACAUCCUCCAGUGCCUCACAGCCAUUCUGCAUGUUUGAGCCGAACAGCUAGCAGCAGCAAGCUGUUAAACCAUGAAGCGCAUUACAGCUGACCCUGUCCUCACUUGGUAUUCAAACACAUACGUACAAUCGCUGGACGCAAAUCAGGAAUGGGAACUCUGACAUUCUUUUCUCUUCUCUCCAGUCCAGGGCUACUGUAGUUUGUUGGCUGUAGUGUGUUUUAAUAUGUCUCUAUGGGAUAGCAGCUUGCCAUCACUAGAAGGGAAGUGUGUGAUCCAGUCUGUUUCACUUUGGUCUGUGAGCAGAAGACAGUAUAUACAGCUGUCCUGCUGAUAUCUUCAAGCUUCCUAUCCAUGUAUAUAUUUACUCCUGUGUCUAAUCUAAAUAAAUGA